AUGGCAGUGGCUGCUGUGCUGGCCCGGCGGUCAGCCUCCAAGAAUCUUGAUAACGACCCAUACAACUACCUGGUGUCAACGAAGAGUGCCAACAGCAUCCGCUCCCGCUCCCUGAGCAAGAGUCCGAAAAGUAGCCGCAGCGGUGAGGGCCCAAUGCUUGAGGAUGUCAAAUCCCAGGCCGUGUCGGCAGUGUCAAAGCGCGAAGUCGACCAGGAUGAAUUCCAGGAAAUUCUGGAGGAGCAAGGACUUGCAGACUUCAGGGAGGAGGAGGAGGUCGUCAAGCCAAAAAUGGUAGAGAGGACCGAGUUCGAAUCUGCGAUUGGCAUAUUAAUAGCUCUCAAUUCCAUGGUGAUGGGCCUGGAAGCUGAUGCAGCGGAAAAGAGAGCUGUUGGAUGGGUUGUCGUUGAAAAUCUUUUCUGCCUCCUUUGGAUUGGCGAAAUGCUGCUGAAGUUCUGGGCCUUCCGUUUGGAUUACUUCAAGAGCGCCUGGAACGUGUUCGACUUCAGCCUUGUGCUUCUGAAUAUUUUUGAGACUUGGGUCAUUCCUUCGCUCUCGAUUCAAGAUCUGGAUGCCAUUGGCGUUCUUCGAAUAGUUCGAGUUCUUCGGAUAUUAAGACUGCUGCGGCUGAUUCGCCUGAUGAGAUUGUUCAAGAAUUUGUGGCUCAUCAUCGUGGGCUUCAGAGAGUCGUUGAGCACGCUCUUUUGGGUGUUGAUGCUCCUAUCGGUGGUGGUCUACGUGUUUGCCAUUUUCUUGCGCCUGACACUGAGCUGUUCGGAGCAGCAUCCGCGCUGGCUGGAGUGCGACGACUAUUUCGGCAGCAUGCCCAAAGCGAUGUAUACGUUAUUUCAGAUCAUUACGCUUGAGUCUUGGAGUCAGGAGUUUGCACGGCCGAUCGUGAAGCAGCAGCCUAUAUUCUUUCUUUUCUUUAUGUUCUUUUUAUUCCUUACCACCUUCGGCAUUCUCAACAUCAUUGUUGGCGUCAUCGUGGAAAACACUCUCAAUGCAGCAAAACAGAACAUGGAGCUUCAGGAAAGGCGGCUCCAACGACAAUUGCGCCAGGAGUUGGAAAGCAUUCGAAUAUUGUUCGAAGAUGCUGAUUUCGAUGGCAGUGGCACGCUCGAGAAGCAUGAGUUCGUGCAAAUCUUAACCGACGAGACGGUCCGAAACACGCUUACGCGAAUGGAGGUGCCUGUGGACGACCCUGGUGCCUUGUUCGAGAUCCUGGAUCCGCAGGGAACUGGCUCCAUCAGCUUCCCAACUUUCGCACAAGGUGUGUUGAGAGUAAAGGGGCCGCCGACUCAACUGGACAUGAAAACCAUGCAGGUUGGGGUUGCUGGUAUCUCCAAAAGGGUUGCCAACAUAGAGCAUGCCAUCGAGGAUCACAGAAAGUUGAUUCAACAAAGUCAACAGAUGCUUGGGCAAAUUCUGGAAGCUCUUGGCCAGAAGGUGCAAGUCGGAAGAGGUUAUCAGGACUUCGCUGGAGGUCAUCCAGGCAGCCGGGGAGGCUCCGCGAGGGCGGACGCGAGAGCGGACGCGAGAGCGGAAUCCAGACCGGAAUCCAGACCGAAGCUAGGUUCUGACAAGCAGGAUGCUCCCGACAUCCAGGACGCGAUAGAGGUUGAGAGCAUUCACGAUGGGAGUCCGCGGAGUUCGGUGAACAAGCAGACGUCCAAUGAUAGCUUAGAGCUGCUGCGGGAAACCGCCAGCAACUUCGAACCUCCAAUGCUUGGAGUCCCUGUGCCACGGUUGGUGUCAAAGGCAAAACCUCAUCUUCCUGGGCAGCUUGGCAGCUAG